AAAUAAGUCAAAUUAUAUUUUCAGAUUACUGGGUCAAUUUUCUAAUUUCUGUUGUUAGCAAUGCCGCCUAAAAAACCUGCGGCCAAUGGGCCGAGUAAGAAAAAUGAAAUGAAAAAAAAAGAAAAGACAAUUGAAGAUAAGACUUUUGGCCUAAAGAACAAGAAAGGAGGGAAAGCUCAAAAGUUCAUCGCUCAGGUAGAGAAGCAGGUGAAGGCCGGGGGUAACCCGGAGCACAGGAAGGCGGAGCUUCUCAGAGCAGAAGAGAAGAAGAAGAAGGAAGAGGAAGCAAAGAGACAGGAGGAAGUUAAGGCCCUCUUCAAACCUAUUGCCACACAGAAGGUGGAUGCUGGUGUUGAUCCCAAGUCUGUGUUCUGUGCUUUCUUCAAGCAAGGUUUGUGUAAGAAGGGAGACCGCUGUAAGUUCUCCCACGACCCUGAUUGUGAACGUAAAGCCGUGAAGCGUAACGUGUACGAAGAAACGAAGGACGAGGAUGAGGAGAACAUGGACGAGUGGGACGACGAGAAGCUGGCCGAAGUCGUGGCUAAAAAGCAUGGAACGGAGAAAUCCAACGCCACGGACAUUAUUUGUAAAUAUUUCCUGGACGCGUUGGAGAAUAAUAAAUACGGUUGGUUCUGGGAGUGCCCCAGCCAGGCCAAAGGUUGCAAGUAUAAACAUGCUCUGCCCCCAGGGUUCGUCUUGAAGAAGGAUAAGAAGAGGAUGGAUAAGGAAAAGGAGGAGAUUAGUAUCGAGGACUUGAUAGAGAAGGAGAGAGCAACGCUCUCAUCUGGAACUCUUACUAAAGUCACAUUAGAAACCUUCGUUGCUUGGAAGAGAAAGAAAUUAAAAGAGAAAGCUGACGCCGAAAAGAAACUCAAGGAUAAGAAGAAGGUUGAUAUGAAGAGUGGUAAAACGACAGGGUUAAGUGGGAAGGAGAUGUUCAUGUUUAAUCCCAGCAUCAUCAACCAGGCUACAGAGGACGGAGAUGACGAGGAGGGUGGAGAUUUUGAUCUUAACAUGAGAGAGAAGGAUGACGACUACGGCGUCAAGGUUCAUGAAAUCAAGUUUGACGAAUACGGCAUCAUGGACGAUGGUGUAGACGAAUCUACUGCUGUGCAACUAGCUCGAGCUCGAGAAGAAGCAGGAGCGGCCGGAGGAGCCGCACCCCCUUCGGCCACCGUCAUAGACGAAGAUUUAUUCGAUGACGAAGACCUGGACGAAUUGGAAGAUGAUAUGGAAAAUUUGGAUAUUUAAUCUAAGAUUUAAUAGUUAAUGUAAACAUUUUUAUAUUUUUACUGAUCAAAUGAAGUUAUAAAUUUAAACUCGGUAUAUUCUAGCGAGAACCUUUAAUAAUAUAUUUGCUAAAAUUAAUAAAAAGAAAAUCCCUUCCAACACAACCUGAUGUAACUGUGUCAACGGCAUCACUGAACUUCCAGUUGAGGAAAACUGCUCUCCAAACCCAAGACCCAACAGUUCCUGGAGUAAAUCAAACCUUCCGAUGAAUUUUAUUAUCGGAAUUAAAUAACCGUCUCCAACUGUGAUUUCAUAGUUUCUCUCCGAACUGAGCUCCUUGAAUUUAUGAAGAGCAUAUUGAACCCAUAUCUCUCAG